AUGACGUGGCAGUCGGGCUCGGUCGGGGGCCCGGCAAGGAAGCCCGAUCUCGCGCAUCGAUAUUGGAUUCCACAGGAAGGAGUUGCCGGUAAUGAUGUUCACGAGGACCAGCCAGCCGUGGCCGGAGCCGAGUAUGCGCUUGCAAUGCAUGAUGGGGAUUUCAGUGGUUUUGCACCGGCGGUCAACGAGACUGUACAAGGACUGUCGGUGGAGAUGGGCGCCGUUCAGGAAUGUGUUAAGCUUCCUGUGGUUCAAGUUCAGGUUCAGGAAUGUCAGGGAUGUCGACCCAAUAGUAUAACGACACAUAGCGUCUCGCAUAACGAAAAGGCAUCAACACGGUUGUGCUCCUCUCCCCCAAGUCUAUACAGAAUUCGGUCGACAUACUCGUUUUCGAGAGGUGCGGCAAAAGCUGCUCCCCAAAUUGUUGAUGAAGAUGGUCCACUCAUCCACACUCUCGAGCUCCACACACUCCACUCGGCGGCCGGCGGCAACCUCCACCCGGAAGACCUUAAACUCCACGCCGUCCUCCAGAUAUUCGCCUCUCAUCAACUUCAUGACGAGCAGGAGUCCCCCGUUUCCCGGCGCCUGGAUGAGGUGGCAGUCGUACGUCUUCACGUUCUUUCUCCUUGCAUAUGGGACUUUUACGGUUCGACCCAACUCGUCCAAUAA